AUGAGCUCGUCGGAGGGAAACGAUGGACGUGAAUCCGCGGAAAGACGUGGACCGGUGGCGUGUGUAGGUGUAGAUGUUGCCCUCGCGCGCGCGAGGACGAGAACGGAGACGGACGUGGAUGCGGCGACGUUGGAGCGAGGUAGACAAGGAGACGGCGCGCGAAAGAGGCGGAUAUAUGGCCCCGGCAUGGAAGAAGGACAGACGUGUCCCGGUUGCAGACCCGGGGAGAGAACGGCGAAAGAAGAGACGGUGUGGAAGAGCUGCGGAGUUGCGGAGGAGGAGACGGCGAUGGGAGAAGAGGAGGAGGAGGAGGAGGAGGAGGAGGAACGGGAGAGACACAGAGGGAACUUGUUAUGCUUUGAGAGAUAUGGCGGAGGCCCGCGGAAUACAUAA